CUGCAUAUGAAGUGCUGAACAUUAUUUAAUAUUUAACAAGACUUUGUAGGUGUGAAUUAUGAUUAUGCAGUGACCAGUGUCUCAGUAGGACAGGUACAUUGUAUGGCUUUGUUAUACUUUAGAACAAUUUUUGUUCCAGGCGUUGGAGUAUGGAGAGAAGGUGUUUUAUGUAGCGAGCGACCAUCAGGACAGAACUCUGUGGGCCAUGUGUUGAAGCCUUGUUGUACAGGACUCCGAGGACAGUGUCAGCUGUUGUCACAUGAACACUGCCAGUUUCUGGAGGGCAGCUUUCAUGUCAAUGGACCAGAGCACUGUAGCCAGGUAAAUUGUCUGAGUUCAGUGUGUGGGAUGGGAGGGUUAGAGGCAGACCCUAUACAACCAUGGCUCCCUAGGGACCCUAUCCAAUGGUGGAGACUACCCCUGUCCCUAGUCUAUCACCAUGGAGUGAUUCAUGCUGUCCUCGUGAGCCUUGCCCAGGUGCUACUGUUCAGGAAGAUUGAGAGGACCCUUGGUUGGCUUCGACUCACCAUUGUCUAUCUUAUGACAGGAUUAGGGGGCCUGCUGACUGCUGCUGUCUUUAAUCCCUACGUGCCACAUGUAGGUGGCACAGCCACAGUGUUUGGGAUGGCUGGUUUAAUCACAGUAGAACUGAUACACUACUGGCACAUUGUCAAAAAACCUGCUGUGGAGCUGACAAAGAUUUGCGGACUUUUAGUGGUCUUCUUGAUGCUUGGUACCCUUCCUUAUAUUGACAAUUAUAGCAUUGUGUCUGGAUUCCUCUUGGGUGUCAUAUGCUCCGUCUUGUUCCUGCCUUUCUUGUCCUUCAGGCAGCAGCAGAAGCACUGUCGCAUUGUCCUUCUGUGUGUUGGUGGACCCUUAAUAUUUCUGGUGUAUUUUGUCUUGCUUUAUGUUUUUUAUAAGGUACAAACUUUUGAAGAAUGUUCUGGAUGUAAAUUGUUUAAUUGUGUGCCAUACACAGAAACAAUGUGUGACCCCUCAUUGUGGACGCAAGAAUAAGAAAGUGGUAUCAUAUAUAUAUAUAUAUAAAUGAUGUAUUGUACAUUAAAACAAGUUUAUAAUAAAUAUUCAUGGUGUGGUGAAGUUUUGCAUUUAAUAAAGUUAUUAAAGUUAAUUUAU